UCAAUCGUGAAAAUCAAGCGUACGUUUGAUCGCUAACCUUUGUGUUACGGGGCCCACCUAGGUUAAGAAAGCUAUUGUUCAGAGAGCGUAUCAGGUCACUACUCAUUAUUACAGUCAUGCACAUGACGCCUCAAACGGUAUAGUUAUGAUGAUGUAUUAAUAGCAUCGUCGUUCGAAGAGUAACGUUUCAAUUGUUUAUGGCGAUUGAGAAGCAACUGAGCGUCCUAAACUCCGAAUCAUAGCUGUACUUUUUGAUGUGAAUGAUGUCGGACAAUCGGUUCAUAAAAUGGCAUUGGGGGUACGUUGUUGUCAUCUGCAAGUGUACGAUAAUGUUCCUAGACUCGGCCAUCGCCAAGUCGUUUGGUGUUCUUGUUCCCAGUAUGGUUGAAAGAUUGGAUGAAAAUUAUGCUACCGUCGGUCUUAUCUGCAGCCUUCCUGUAACACUCAUGUACUUCUGCUGUCCGAUGAUAUCUUUGAUUUUGAAGAGAGUAGGUCGUCGUCCAUUAGCCUUGUUUGGAGGCACGAUGAGUGGCAUGUCUUUGGCACUCUCAGGAUUCCUUCCCAACACAGUACUUAUAGGCGUGUCAAUGGCACUAACAGGUGCUGGCAUAGCAUGUGUGUACAUGCCUUACAUGCUUGUGGUCAACGACUUCUUCCCCGAUCACUUCGUUGUCAUAAACACCAUAUCUCUCUACGGCCACACUGCUGGGACAAUGAUUCUGCCAUUCAUAACUGAACGAUCCUUUGAAGCCUAUGGGUACUGUGGUACGUUCCUCAUUUUGGGCGGACUCACACUGCACCUGAUGGUGUGUGCUGUGGCCAUACGAAAACCGAUCAUAAAGAACCCUGAUGAAAGUCAGCGAGAUGGAUCUCGCCCAUCUCACAUUGAAGGUGACGAGAUGUUAGUAGAGAAUGGCCAAGAGACUCAACAGACCUGGAAAACCCCGGGACACUCAAAAUUAGACCACAAACAGAAGAACGUCCAAGAUUUCAUGUCAGACCAAAGUCCGUCUGUAACUUCAGAUAUCGCGCGAUCCACAUCACUUUCCUCUCUUGAAGAAGUCGUAGGGGAACGUGGCACUGAUCAAAGUUCCGCACCACUGUUUCACGACGAUAUCAACCGUCCUUCUGAUCUCUUACCAGACGUGAACCAAAAUGAAUCCUUUUUUAGGUCAUUUCUUCUUAAAGAACCGUUGUUCUUGUUCAAUCUCCUAACUAUUUACCUCUUUAGCUAUGCCUACUAUUCUUGGAUGUAUUUCCUGGUACCUCACGCAAAGCAACUUGGUAUCCCGGAAUCUCAGGCCGUGUUUCUCUCGACCAUCGCUGGAAUCGGUGGUAUCAUUGGCAGGACAAUAUUUAUCGUACUAGUAGCAAAAGGUGUCGACGCUUUUCACAUCUACAUAGUUUCCGGAAUCACAGUCACUUUGCCAUUUCUUCUGGAUUUCAUCGGGUCGAAGUAUUGGAUCCGGGCUGGAUUGGCGUUUUUGCAAGGAUUGUGCUUUUUUGCAGAAGAUGCUAUAUUUUUCACCGUCGCAAAGAACACGCUGUUUAACCCGGAUCAUUUAAGUCUCGCCAUUGCUCUUGUUUCAUUCUUCUUCGGACUCGGUGGAUCAUCAGCAGGUUUUAUUACAGGAUCUCUGUUUGACUUAACACAGUCCUUCACAAAAGUCUUUAUCAUCAUUGGGAUAGUACUCGUAACCGUCGUAUUACAAGUCAUCAUAACAACGGUCUGCAUCAGAAGAAGAACAAAUAAAAGUGUCAUUUCUGAAUGAGACAUUGUGAACCCGAUGGGUACCAGAAUCUAUCGUAAAAAAGGGAAACCGAAAUGUCAACUUUCUCGAAUAGACUAUCAAAGCAGGGACAUUUACAUUGCUUGAAAGUAACCCUUUUUAGCGUACAUAAUAUCUUGAAUCAUUUUGGGACCAUGCACCAAUGAAUUAUACACAAGAAAGUAUGGUGCGGACCUAUUUCCUGUGAGCACCGUCAGAAGGAAAGAUUGUCACUUUUUAAAAGUCACAGGCAUAAUAUCACGACUUUGAUUCCAUUUUAUUGGAACGAUUUCCACAUUCCCAUAAUAAAAAAUGUUCAGAAGGCUUGUAAAAGGUACUUCCAAAAAGACGAUAUAAUUGUUUUGCUAAAUUUCAGUUGCGAGCAGCUUUCCCAGUAUGGUGCAUGGGAUAAAUGUCAUUUUCUAAAAAUAAAUGAAAACGGAUUUUAUUGUACCUCAAUAUAUCAACAGACAAAUCAUUUCACAUCCGCUCCUGAAAUAUUUUUUUAGCAAUCAUGAACCACUAAAAAAUGAAAAGUAUACAUUUUUUAGUGCAUAAAAUAUGGGGCAUGCAGGUGCUCGUUUAUUACGUCACAGAAUAAAAACUUCUAAUAACUUGCUUAAUCUUUGAAAAAUUUCCCUCAAACCUUCACCAAUAUAUUUUUUUUCUAAUUUACAACUAUACGUCAUGGCGAACUUCCCCUUCAAAACAGGUCGAUAGAAUCGGGUACCUUAAGCCCCUUUCACAAUUGACGUACGACCUGUUUACGACCACCUGCAACAGUUUUUUCGUGUUGUUGCACGAUCGAUCCCUUGGUGUCUUGCGAGCACUCGCAGUCGUUGUAGACGAUCGCACAAACUCGAGGUGGUCGGAGGUGAUCGUGACUGGUCGCAUCUGAACUUUGAACAUGUUCAAAAUCCAAACGCGAUCAAAUACGAUUGAUUCACUCGCAACAGGUCGUACCAUCGGUCGGGCGAUCAUCGUGUGAGUGUUGUUCAACGUUGUACGACUUGGUGCGAGAGGUGGCACAACUAAGUAUAGUCGCAUUUAGUCGACUGGAGGUCGUACAACACUUGCACAUGUGCUGGAGACCUACAGAGACCAGUCUUGCGACUGGGUGCGAUAAUAUGAGACUGUUGCAAGACCGAUCGAAAUUACGGCUUACUACAUUCCACUACCGUUGCAUUCGCAUGUAUGCGACCGUUCAGCCCCUUUCACAAUUGACGUACGACCUGUUUACGACCACCUGCAACAGUUUUUUCGUGUUGUUGCACGAUCGAUCCCUUGGUGUCUUGCGAGCACUCGCAGUCGUUGUAGACGAUCGCACAAACUCGAGGUGGUCGGAGGUGAUCGUGACUGGUCGCAUCUGAACUUUGAACAUGUUCAAAAUCCAAACGCGAUCAAAUACGAUUGAUUCACUCGCAACAGGUCGUACCAUCGGUCGGGCGAUCAUCGUGUGAGUGUUGUUCAACGUUGUACGACUUGGUGCGAGAGGUGGCACAACUAAGUAUAGUCGCAUUUAGUCGACUGGAGGUCGUACAACACUUGCACAUGUGCUGGAGACCUACAGAGACCAGUCUUGCGACUGGGUGCGAUAAUAUGAGACUUUUGCAAGACCGAUCGAAAUUACGGCUUACUACAUUCCACUACCGUUGCAUUCGCAUGUAUGCGACCGUUCAGCCCCUUUCACAAUUGACGUACGACCUGUUUACGACCACCUGCAACAGUUUUUUCGUGUUGUUGCACGAUCGAUCCCUUGGUGUCUUGCGAGCACUCGCAGUCGUUGUAGACGAUCGCACAAACUCGAGGUGGUCGGAGGUGAUCGUGACUGGUCGCAUCUGAACUUUGAACAUGUUCAAAAUCCAAACGCGAUCAAAUACGAUUGAUUCACUCGCAACAGGUCGUACCAUCGGUCGGGCGAUCAUCGUGUGAGUGUUGUUCAACGUUGUACGACUUGGUGCGAGAGGUGGCACAACUAAGUAUAGUCGCAUUUAGUCGACUGGAGGUCGUACAACACUUGCACAUGUGCUGGAGACCUACAGAGACCAGUCUUGCGACUGGGUGCGAUAAUAUGAGACUGUUGCAAGACCGAUCGAAAUUACGGCUUACUACAUUCCACUACCGUUGCAUUCGCAUGUAUGCGACCGUUCAGCCCCUUUCACAAUUGACGUCCGACCAGUUUACGACCGCCUGCAACAGUUUUUUCUUGUUGUUGCACGAUCGAUCUCUUGGUGUCUUGCGAGCACUCGCAGUCGUUGCAGACGGUCGCACGAACUCGAGGUGGUCGUGGCUGGUCACAUCUGAACUUUGAACAUGUUCAAAAUCCGAACGCGAUCAAAUACGAUCGAUUCACUCGCAUCAGGCCGUACCCGGGGUCGUACCAUCGGUCGGGCGAUCAUCGUGCGAGUGUUGUUCAACGUUGUACGACUUGGUGCGAGAGGUGGCACAACUAAGUAGUCGCAUUUACUUGACUGGAGGUCGUGCAACACUUGCACAUGUGCAAGCGACCUACAUGUACAGAGACCUGUCUUGCGACUGGUUGCGAUAAUAAUAUGGGCCAUAAGACUGUUGCAAAACCGAUCGCAACGGCUUACAACAUUGCACUACCAUUUCAUUCGCAUGUAUGCGACCGUUCCACUCGCAAUCCCUCGUGCAACACUCGCAUGUGAUCGCACGAGCACAAUAAGAGCAUAUGCGACUUACUCGUGCAACGGGGUUUACUGGUUGUUUUUGUUGUACGACAGCUGUUGCAACUGUGAAAGCCUCUGUGCGAUCUUAUGAGAUGACUAGCGAUUGAUGCCUGUUGCAGCCUGUCGCACGACCAAAUGGUCGCAAAUGGUCGUACGUCAAUUGUGAAAGGGGCUUUAGAAACACCCAUAAAUUUGAUUCGCUACACAUUUCCAAAUUCAUGCGGAAACCAUUUCGAUAGAAACUAGUUUGGGAACCUGACAUCCACUUGGACUAGCUGCAAUGAGGUAUUGCUCUAAAGCACUGAACAUUAAUUGCUAUAAUUGCCUCAUUUACAUACGUAUUGUAUCAAUAUCUGUUCGGAUCCAUUAUGAUGUGGAAAUAAAGAAAAUUACUUUUAUUACAGAAUGUUUUUUAUUCUUAUGUUAUCCAAGUUAUGCAAGACUUUUAUCUCCACACAGACUCCGACACCUCAUUGCUUUGUCCCCGGAUAAUAUCAACUGUGCCUAUGGCGGUUUACUGGACCGUACCUAUAUACAUGUUUCUUGUUAUCUCGGUGGCCAUGUGACGUGACGGGGUGUUCCAUUGUUAUUAAUCGGUGAAUAAACUCAUCACGUUGUCCAUGUAUUACCCGUUGCCAGGUCAGGGCAGUUUUUAUAAUAAUCAUUUGAUCGUCCAGACAUUUAUUGACAAUAGUAGCAAAUUUAUUGGACAUUGUGAAAUUUUCCCUUUCUUACAUCCACCAGCUUUUGCUGAAUCAACCUGUAUGCAGCCAUUAUGUGUAUAGGCCCUAUGCAACCAUGCAUUAUGUGAUUAUACCAGCACGCAUGCAGUAUAUAUUAUCCAUUAUGGCACCACCCUUUGGUUGUACAUGGCAUUAUGUGCUAAUUUAUCAUCCUUUUCACGAACCAUCCUUAUGUUUUCAGAGGUCAUGAACCAAUUUUGAGAAACUUGUGUUUAAUUUCUAGCUUUUAGAAUUUACUUUUUUUUUAUUUUGAAUACCAACACAAGUGAUCGAUCAAGAAAAAUAAAAGACUGAAAUUUUACGAGAUAUUCAAUAAUUGACAUCUCAUUAGAAAUUAAAAACUUAAAAUUAUUCUUUGAUUCUGUAUUGACUCUGACCUCUGAGACACUUCGUGAUGUCGAUGACCAAUUAUAUCAAUAUAUAUAUAUAUAAAUGUAUAUUUUUAUUCGAUAGGAUCGAAACCUUUAUUUUGUAUCUUUAUUAUUACAGUGCCACUGAUACUUCGUGUUUAAAAUGUUCCUUCGCAUGCAAAUCAUGGCUGAGACACUCAGAAAUAAGAGUGUUCAUUACAUUUCGAUUAUGAAUAUUCAUCAUCAAGGUUCCGGUUGUAGGAUUUCAAUUCUCCAAUCAUCAUCUCCAUCAUCAUUGUCAUUAUUUUCAUCAUCAUCAUCAUAAUCACCAACAGCAAAUUCGAUUUCACAUUCAUCCUUUAUUAGUUUUUUUAAACUUCAUCCUCUCUUCAUCUCAUCACCAUUACUACCACCAUCUUGCUGUUAUGACACAGAAAAUUUACACACAAAUCACAUAUCAUACCAAUAAUCUUAAGUUUUUGGUAAUAUCAAAUUAUCCUCCUGAGUAAUGACAUGGACAUUUUUUAUAUUUUCAAUACAAACAAUAUAUCAUCUGAUAAUAACUAUUACUCAACCGAAGAUUUUACUUCUAGAUUUAGAGACAUGAAACAUAAAUUCAGUUUGCUUCAUAUUAAUGCUCGUAGUUUGAACAAAAAUUUUGAGUCAUUGGAAUCAUUACUUUUCACUUUAAACAAUUUCAAAUUUUCCAUCAUUGGUGUCACGGAAACAUGGCUUCACAAUACUUCACCUAACAUAUUCAGUUUGGAAAACUAUAAUCUCAUUAGGCGUGACCGGGAAGAUCAAAGAGGAGGAGGUGUAGCAUUUUACAUCAGUGAACAUUUAAAAUUCAAAGUAAGGAAAGAAAUAUCAUUAAAACAGAGUGAAACUUUAUUCAUAGAAAUCACGAAGCCAAAAAGCAAAAAUAUAAUUAUUGGAUUGAUUUAUAGACCCCCUCAUGAUAAAGUAAAUUUAUUUUGUGAAGACCUUGAAACGUGCCUUCAUACUAUUAGAAAAGAAGAGAAACAAAUAUAUUUAAUGGGUGAUUUUAACAUCAACCUGUUAUCCCAAAAUAAUGAACAUGAUUUAUUCCUACACACAAUGCAUUCAUUUGGCUAUUAUCCCCAUAUAGAUAAACCGACUAGAAUUUAUAGCCAUUCAUCAACACUUAUCGACAACAUUUUUUCAAAUAUAUUAAACAGAGAUAUUACCAGCGGAUUGUUAAUAUCUGAUAUAUCGGAUCAUUUGCCGGUUUUUUCAUUUUGCGAUAAUGAUAUUCCAAAAGAAAAUAUACUCAAAUCGACAACGUAUAGAAAAGAAUCUCAAAAUAUCAUUGAAUCGUUUAAAAGGGAUCUUGCUAUUGAAGAAUGGUUGGAUGUAUUUCAUGAGUCUAAUUCAAACAUUGCAUACACAAAUUUUAACAAUAAAUUGCAGACAUUUUACGAGAAAAAUUUUCCUCUGAUACCACUGGUCAAAAGAAAGAAGGCAAAAAUGCCAUGGAUUUCUAAAGCAAUUUUAAGAUCCAUACGUACCCGAAAUAAACUUUACAAGGCAUUUUUAAAGAACCCUUCUAUUCAAAACAAAAAUAAAUACAAAACUUAUAGAAAUAGACUAACCAAUACAAUUCGAGCUUCUCGCAAAUUAUUUUAUUCCGAGAAGCUUUACAAAGUCAAAUCAAACAUGAAAGCAACAUGGGAGAUUAUAAAUGAUUUGAUUGGCAAAAAACCCAAAAUAUUACCCAAAGAUAAUUUCACAGCUCAUGAUGUUGCGAUAAAUUCAGAAGAUGUAGCUGAUACAUUUAAUUCCUUUUUUGUUAACUUAGGACCCUCAUUGGCAAACAAACUUGACAGAACUGAUGAAAAUUUUGGAAAAUUUCUUCCCACACCCAUUAGCUCUUCUUUAUUCUUUAACCCAACAAAUGUUCAGGAAUUAAUUGAAAUAACAAAAAAUCUCAAAUCAAGCAAAUCACAGGGAAUUUAUAAAAUUAGUACUUUCCUUCUUAAGCAGAUCAUACACUAUAUUGCCUCUCCUUUGUGUCAUAUUUUUAAUCUGUCGAUUAGCACCGGAAUAUGUUCUGAUUCCCUAAAAAUUGCAAAGGUAAAUCCUGUUUUAAAAAAAGACAAUCCGCAUGAAAUAACAAAUUACAGGCCUAUUUCUAUUCUUCCCAGCAUUUCCAAAAUAUUAGAGAAGAUUAUUUACAAUAGACUUUAUAAGUUUCUAGAUACUUUUCAUUUUCUAAAUUCUAACCAAUAUGGAUUCAGGAAAGGACAUUCGACUGAUCAGGCGUCAAUACAAAUAUACGAUAAAAUUAAAAAUGCAAUGGCAAAAAAAGAACAUAUAAUAGGCGUAUUCAUGGACUUAAGCAAAGCCUUUGACACUCUUGACCACCAGAUAUUAUUUAAAAAACUUGAACAUUUUGGAAUUCGCGGAAUUACACUAUCUUGGUUUAAGAGUUAUUUGUCCAAUAGAAAACAAUAUGUAAUUCACAAUAAUAUUCCUUCUGAUUUUCAGUUAAUACAAUGCGGAGUUCCACAAGGAUCAAUCCUAGGCCCCUUGCUUUUUUUAAAUAUAUAUCAAUGAUUUGACUUCUGUAACACCUUUAUUAUCAUAUGUAUUAUUUGCAGAUGACACCAACAUUUUUUUUCUCACAUAAUAGCUUAGAAACUUUAGUAGAUAUAAUUAACCGUGAAUUACCAAAACUAUCUUUGUGGUUUAAGUGUAAUAAGCUUUCACUCAAUAUAGAUAAAACAAACUUUAUAUAUUUCAAGCAUACACACUCACAUGAUAACGAAUUUCCUUACAAUAUAAACAUAGACAAUACUCCUCUCAAAAGGAAAAGAGAAACAAAGUUUUUAGGUGUCACAAUAGAUGAAAAUUUAAAUUGGAAUGAACAUGUACGUUGUAUAACUCCUAGUAUUUCUAGAAACGUUGGUAUACUUUACAAAAUGAAAAACAUAAUUCCACAUACAACUCUUGUCACACUCUACAAUUCAUUAAUAUUGCCUUAUAUAUCAUAUUGCAACAUAGUUUGGGCAACAUGUGCAAAAACUAAAAUUAAUACAAUAUACUUAUUACAGAAAAAAGCGAUUCGAAUCUGUACUGAUUCCCAAUAUUUAUCACACACAAAUCCAUUAUUCCAUAAACUAAAGACUCUAACAGUAUUUGACAUAAAUACUCUUCAAAGUUUACUACUUAUGUUUAAGUACGUAAAUAACAUGCUCCCACCUUCAUUCCACAAUUUGUAUACUCUGAAUACAUCUAUUCAUUCUUACCCUACCCGUAACUCUUCAAAUUUCCAUUUAAUCAACCCUAAAUUGCUUAUUGCGCAGAGAUCCAUAAGACACCAUGGUCCAGAUUUGUGGAACUCUCUACCAGAGCCUGUAAAACAAUCUUCGUCUCUUCACUCAUUUAAGGCAAACGUUAAAUCUAUGUUAUUAUCAUAAUAUUUGAAGUAAAAUUUCUGUGUCGUAUCAUUUUUAUCGUGAAUUUAUUCCUCCUUCGAUUUAGUCAUUACCAAUAUCUUCAUCAUGACCACCUUCAUCUCCAUGGCCUUCAUCAUCAUCAUCAUCAUCAUCAUCAUCAUCAUCAUCAUCAUCAACAUCAUCAUAUCACCGUCAUCCUCAGCUUUAUCAUCUUCAUCUUCAUACUAUAAUAUUGCAUGAAUUCAUGUUUCGUAUUUGAAAAUGUAUGCCAAUUCUGCUUUAUAAAUGUAUUAAUUAAUUCAAUUAGUAUAAGUUUGGGAUUGUCAUUUUUUUUCAAGCAAUCUGCUUAUGAUGACAAUCCUUCUCCUGCAAAUUGUGAAUAUCAUAUAGUUAAUCAUGCUAGCAUAUUAUGUUUAUUAUGUUAUGAAAAAUGUAUUAUACGAAUGUUAUGGAUGCAGAAGAAAACAAUAAAUCAAAUCAAAUCAAA